AUGCAAAUUAAAGUUACACUGCUGGACGACACUCUGUUUGAGUGUGAGCUGGAUAAACAUGCCAAAGGAGUGGAGCUGUUCACCAAGGUGUGUGACCACCUCAACCUGCUGGAGAGAGACUAUUACGGUCUGGCCAUCUGGGAGUCGCCCUCCGUGAAGACCUGGAUGGAUUUCACCAAGGAGAUCCGCAGGCAGGUUCAAGGCACCAAUUAUGACUUCACCUUCAAUGUGAAGUUCUAUCCACCUGACCCAGCCCAGCUUUCUGAAGACAUCACCAGGUACUACCUGUGUCUCCAGCUACGUAAGGACAUCCUGGGGGGCCGUCUACCCUGCUCCUUUGUCACGCUGGCCCUUCUGGGUUCCUACGCACUGCAGUCCGAGCUGGGGGAGUACGACCCAGAGACACACGCACCAGACUACGCCAAGGACCUGAGGCUUGCCCCGGGACAAACCAAGGGGCUAGAGGAGAAAGUCAUGGAGCUGCAUAAGACAUACAGGUCGAUGAGUCCAGCACAGGCAGACAUGGCCUUUCUGGAGAACGCCAAGAAACUAGCCAUGUACGGAGUGGACCUGCACCAGGCCAAGGAUCUAGAUGGAGUGGACAUCAUGCUGGGUGUGUGUUCUGGGGGUUUGAUGGUCUACAAGGACAAGCUGAGGAUCAACCGGUUCCCCUGGCCCAAAGUCCUCAAGGUCUCCUACAAACGCAGCAGCUUCUUCAUCAAGAUACGCCCCUCAGAGCUGGAGCAUUACGAAAGCGCCAUCGGUUUCAGACUGCCAAACUACAAGGCCUCCAAGAAGCUGUGGAAAGUGUGUGUGGAGCAUCACACCUUCUUCAGACUGACCUCUACUGAGGUGGCUACCACUCCCAGGAAGUUCCUAGUGCUGGGUUCUAAGUUCCGCUACAGUGGGCGGACCCAGGCCCAGACCCGCCAGGCCAGCUCUAUGAUUGACAGGCCAGCCCCCCUAUUCCAACGCUCGGCCAGCAAGAGGAACUCACGCAGCAUGGACGAAGCCAUGGUGUCCACUCCAGACAAGAGCACUCGUCCUGUCAGUGCUCCCAUCAUGUCCCCCGUCUCUCCCGGGGAUGUCGCACCGUCCCAUGUGACCUCGGGCCUGCCCUGCGGUGAGCGGCGAGAGGCCUCCACCCCCACGGUUCGCCAGUCCCGCUCAGCAGAGAGGAAAACCAAGGAAGAGGCCAAGGUGGAGAGCAGGGUGGCAGAGGUCUCCAAGACACAGAGCUCCAGACCACAGUCCACCCCAGAGUUCAAGCAGCAUUCGUCCCGAGAGAGAACCGACACGGAGACGGUGCGAGUGAGGAAGAAAAGAGCUAAGAAACUUGAGGGUGAAACUAUUUAUAUCAGGCAUAGCAAUUUAAUGUUGGAGGACCUGGAUCAGACCCAGGCAGAGAUCAUGCGUCACCACAGCAGUAUCAGUGAGCUGAAGAGAAGCUUCAUGGAGUCUGUUCCGGAGCCGCGGCAGAGCGAGUGGGACAAACGCCUGUCCACCCACUCACCCUUCCGCACGGCCAGCAUCAACGGACAGCUGCAGCCAGGCACUGACGGGCCUAACGUGGUGAAAACACAGACAAUCACCAUCUCAGACAUGUCUAACUCCCUGCGAGGAGACGUCUCUAACAAGGAGGUCCCCAUCGUGCACACUGAGACCAAGACCAUUACCUACGAGUCAGCGCAGCCCGUAGACACAGAGAGGGACUCUGGAGUGCUGCUGAGUGCCCAGACCAUCACCUCAGAGACAGUCAGUACAACCACCACCACUCAGAUCACCAAGACGGUGAAAGGAGGGAUCUCAGAGACUCGCAUUGAGAAGAGGAUUGUGAUAACUGGAGACACAGAGAUUGAUCACGAUAAGGCUCUGGCCCAGGCCAUCAAGGAGGCGAAGGAGCAGCACCCAGACAUGUCUGUGACCAAAGUGGUGGUGCACCAGGAAACAGAGAUCACCCCAGAUUAACCCCAGGUUCAGCUGACCUCACCUAUGACCAGCUGUGGGCCAAAACUACCACGGCGCCUGAGGAAGGUGAACUCACACACAUCCCCCGCCCGCGCUGACCUUCUCUGCUUGUUUCACCACCAUUCCUGCUUGUUUACCUCAGAGACCCCGCCUUGGGAACAGACACACACACACCCCACACCAGACUGGACCGGUCCAACCUACCAGAGAGAACAAGCUUCACUUUUCAACUCUGAACUUUGAACCUCCCAACCAAUGGAGUUCAACUGAAGGAAAAGGGAACAAACAGAACUCUCCAAAAAAACUCCCAGAAUUCCCUAGGACCACCCACUAUCUGUCUCUCUCUCUCUUUCACUCUCUUCCACUCCACUGCCAAAUCCCGAACAACCAAACUGGAUUUUUCUAAACAAUAAAAAUGUUGAAAUAAAGUGUUCAAUUUUUUUUCCUCUUUCUCCCAUUUGUCUGGAGAUUUUAACAAGAAUUUUCAAAGGGCAUUUGGUCUUUAAAUUGUGUAGAGAUUGCAGGGACUUUGUUGAUAUUUUUCUAAGACUUUUCUUAUCGCCGUAAUUGGAAAAUCUGUAUCUUCAAAGUAAACUUUGAAGGGACUCUUAUUCUGAAGUGGGAUAAUAACAAGGGAUUUUGGGUGAUUUUUCUGGGACUCUUCAACCAUCGUGAUACGAGGAUCCCUCUUCAAAUCAAACUUUUACAACCAAGUUUGGUUUCAUCUCUUGUACAGUACAAAAAGUUAUAUUUUCCCUCUCAAUGUGAAAAGUAUUUUUUAAAUUUAAGUGUAGAAAAUAUUUUAUUUCAUCCAAACUUUUUG